CGGUCAAGCGACGCACUCUCACGUGUCAGCUGUUCCUAUAGAUUCACGAAGCGGUUCAGGUGGCAUUUGUACUCCCAGCGACACGCUCUCUCAACAAACACUGCACCCUCCCAGAGAGUCGCUAUCGAGCAGCUCUACGGGCCGUGAUCACCAUACAAGUGAAAGCCAGAGCGGCGAAAACGCUGCUGGUUCUGCGCCCACACUAGCUGGCGCUGCGGGUACCACAACUACUGGAUCUAACCAUGGCACCAUCGCUUCUGCGCUUCCUCCGGGAGUGAUGUCACAACUCUCGCACUCCCAAUCAUUGCAACAAGCGCCAUUCAAGGCACAGCCACCUAAGCUACGUUUCGUAUCUUCGGUGGAGUUCAGACACUCGUCUGGGGAGACAUCCACAACACCACUUUCUCCAGAAAGCCCUGCAGAAGAUAGUUCCGGUGAUCAUACGCGCUCACGCUUGCAACGCUCAAAAGCAUCAAGCCGCAAAACAUUCCGUUUGAGGCGUAGCCGCCUCACGUCCAUGGAGCCACCUAGCAUUGUUACGCAAAUUUCACAGGAGGAGCAUCCAAAGACUAUAGGCGAGAUAUCAUGGGAUUCGGUGUCACAAACUUCCUCCACAUCUGGUUAUCGUGACAACAACAGCUUGCAAACCGGUUUGCUUUCGCCGGAUGGCUCCUUGGGUGGCAUGACACUAGGACGGUCGCCAUCUCAGCACUCGUUGCUAAUGGUAUUCGAGGGUCAUGAUGAGGACACGCUUAUUUAACAAUCACAGUCUAGCCCGACGCAGACUGAGGAAUGAUGUGAUAGCCCAAAAGAUUACAAUAGGAGGAGGUCAAGAUGGUAGCAAUAAGAAAAUCGAAACUGUUCUUCGUCGGCUGCGUUUAUGUAAUUUCCAUUACAAAAUAUUUGUAAUUUGUUAACAGUACUCUUAAGUACAAUCUUACGAUAUUUAUAUAGAAUCGAUGUUUUAAAAAAAUAGUGUAGCUAAUAGGUAAGAUUCUCGUUGCGUAAUGUAACGAUUAUAAAACUAUUGCGAUUAAAAUGUGCCAAUAAGACAAGACUAAAAACAGAUUUUUCUUACUAAAUGAGGAGCAUUAUGAGCUUGAGCUUGCUUUGGUCGCAGACGCUUUCGCGCGAUUUUCUUUGACAAUUUUGCGCCAUUCUAACCAUUUAGCCACAUCUGGAUUUUCGGUAUUACCGCGUUCCUCCAGCUGUAGAUAAUAAG